AUGACGAACUAGGAACAGUGGGUUGACUGCCUUAUUCAGUGGCAGAAGGACAGAUAUGUACCUUGUCAGCUUGACGAGGAUCGAUCUCGCAGCUUUUCGGUAACUGGCCCCAACGCUCUAACCACUCGGCUACUUGCCUUCCGGCUAAUAGUUAAGGUGAGCCAACGUCCACGACAGAGCCGGAAUGUCAAAAGCUCCACCAAAGAAAAAGGAGUUGUCCUCCAGCCGAGUCACUUCAUCACAAGGACAGACACCAAAUAAAGAAGCAUCGUCCCUGGUGGCUAGUGCCUCAGAGGGCCCAGGAGAGCUGAGGAGAUGCCGCUACCCCAUCUGGCCGGAGUGGAGUGAGGCAGAGGUCAACGCAGAGAAAUGGGAUGGGGCCAAGGGCGCUAAGGAUGGAAAGAUGGGGAAGAGUCCAUUUUUGCCAUUCUUUGAGGAUCCAGAGGGAAAGGUCGAGCUGCCUCUGUUGCUGAAAGUGCACUCAUGGAAGCGCCCUUCAGAGCACAUACUCACCAAGCCUCCGGUAAUAGUGGAGAACGAAUCAUCAUUUGACCUGACCGCAGCCAAUGAACAUCUGCUCUGCAGUGAACUCUUCAGGUGGAUAGUGAGUGAAAUCUACAUAGUGUGGAAGAUCUAUAAUGGGACGUCAGUAGAGCAGGGGUCUGACGUCUGGAAGCCUUGGGAACACAUCUACUCCCUGUGUAAGGUGGUCAAGGGCCACAUGCCUCUCUAUAACGUCUAUGGGAAGUACGUGGUCAAACUCUACUGGAUGGGUUGCUGGAGGAAGAUCAUGGUGGACGAUGCGUUGCCGUUUGAUGAGGACAACAACCUGCUGCUUCCUGCCACCACCAACCAAUCAGAGCUGUGGCCCAUGCUGCUGGCCAAGGCCAUCAUUAAACUGGCCAACACAGAUGUGGUGUCAGGACAGAGGAAGGAGCUGGGAGAGUUCACUGUCAUCCAUGCUCUGACCGGAUGGAUCCCUGAACUCAUCCCUCUACAGUCCCGGUACCUGGGCAAGGUUUGGGACUUCCUGAAGGACACCGUUCCCAAAUUCCAGUAUGUGGAGGAGAGCUCGGAGGAGAAGCCCCUGACCAGGGAAACCUCCGGAGUGAGGGAGUCCAGACUCAACGAGUGCAAGGGCGAGUCUCCCACAGCAACCAGAACCCCGGAGAAAAGCAAAGAUUCAGCCAAGAAGAAAGGGAAAGAUGUGGAUAAAGACAGAAAGUCAUCUCAGCCCACUGCUGUCCAGCCCAACACUACCAAUCAGCCCACUACAGACAGUACGUUACACACAGAUAAAAAAAAUUUUAAUAUAUAUUUUUUCUGCUUAUCACAUCCUUCUUUCGAUGCCAAACCCACCACUGGUGUGCAUGGCCAAAGAGCUCUAUUUUCAUGUCAUCCAACAAAUGUAAACACCUGGAUUAUGUUUAACGGCACUUGGAUUUGAACUGGUGCUGUGGUCAGAUGACAUGAAAAUAGAAACAGUGGUGAGUUUGGCGUCGAAGGAAGGAUAUGAAACAGUAAAGAACUCCAUACCUACUUUAAAAUAUGGUGGUGAAUAUUUGAUGUUUUGGGUCUAUCUUGUUUCCACUGUUCCUGGGGCCGUU